UUAUGAGUAGUUUCCUUGUUUUGCUCGCUCGUUAAGUUGGGGGAAGUAAUGGACUAUGGAUGCAGAGUUCAGGUAUUCCACCGCUUCAGAGCCUCGGAGGAAAACUAGGUUUAUGUAAAAUCUGAGAGAUUAAGUUACUUUUGAAGCUUUAAAGACAUGGAUCUUUACGGGAGAAAUGAGACCUACUUGAGCGUGGAGUGCGUCGGAGCGCUGGACGAUGCGCUCCAGAGCCGCGCCGGGAACGGCAGCUUGGAGACAUCCAACCUCUCCUGCGUCAACGCGUCCGCGCUCCUCGCCCCGCAGCGCGUCAGGCAGAUGGAAGAGAACCACACGCUACGAAUCCUCCUCUACGCGCUCAUCUUCUUCCUGAGUGUGUUCGGCAACCUGCUGAUCAUCGUGGUGCUGACGGUCAACAAGCGCAUGCGCACCGUCACCAACACCUUCCUGCUGUCGCUGGCUGUCAGCGACCUGACGAUGGCCAUCAUCUGCAUGCCCUUCACCCUCAUCCCCAGCAUCCUCAAGGACUUCAUCUUUGGCGCCACCAUGUGCAAGAUAGUGUCCUACCUCAUGGGUAUAUCAGUGAGCAUCUCCACAUUUAGCCUGGUUGCCAUAGCGAUUGAGCGCUACAGUGCCAUCUGUAACCCCCUGAAGUCUCGGGUGUGGCAGACCCGUUCCCACGCGUACCGCGUGAUCGCCGCCACAUGGGUGCUGGCCUUCGUCAUCAUGAUCCCGUAUCCCAUCAUCAGCCACCUGGAGCCCAUCCAGCGCUCUGACAACAGCACGGCGCACCAGUGCCGCCACCAGUGGCCGCGCGCCGCUCUGGAGCAGACCUGGUAUGUUCUACUUCUGCUCAUACUUUUCGCAAUUCCCGGGGUGGUGAUGAUCGUUGCCUACGGGCUGAUCUCCAGGGAGCUUUACCGAGGGAUCCAGUUUGAGAUGGGCAACAAAAAAGACUCCACUGAUGUGAAGAACGGCCUGACUUCGGCAGCGUCCACCGGCAGUGACGACGGAGACGGGUGUUACGUGAACGUGGUCAAGCGGCCGCACUCCGUGGAGAUGUCGGCCAUGGCCACGUCCAGCAAGAUGAUCAAGGCAGAGCGGCCGCGCAGCAACACGUCGGAGGCCAAGCUGGAGGCCAAGAAGCGAGUCAUUCGCAUGCUCGUCGUCAUCGUGGUGCUCUUCUUCAUCUGCUGGAUGCCGCUGUACUGCGCCAACACCUGGCGGGCUUUCGAUGACAGCUCCGCCAAGCGGGCCCUCUCGGGGGCCCCCAUCGCUUUUAUCCAUCUGCUGAGCUACACCUCCGCCUGCGUCAACCCCAUCAUCUACUGCUUCAUGAACAAACGCUUCCGCAAGGCGCUGCUCUCCACGUUCUCGUGCUGCGCCGCGCCUUGCCGCCGACGCCGUCGCCGCGGGCUACGCGACGAGGAAGACGUCAUGGCGACGGGCGCGUCCAUGUCCAAGUUCAGUUACACCACAGUCAGCACCAUGGGGACCUGCUGAGGGGGACGGAUACAGGCCCGGCCCGGAGGAGAGUUACCACGGCAACAAGGCACCCAGCAUCUUCUCAUGGGGACAGUAUUGGGAAGUGGAGAAACAUUUAUUGUAGCACUAUAACAUCCUCAACCAUGACUGUGAGUAUAAGUGUGUAAAGGUUAUGAGAUAAAAACCCAGUUUAACUGCACCUGCAGACAUUUUUUGGAAAAAAAUCCAAAAACGGAGAAUACAAUAAUUUAUUUUCACAGUU